AUGGCCAGACUUAUUGCUGGGCAUCGUAUUCCUGCAUUCCCUGAAGAUGGAGGCAGAGUGCUCCUAUCACCACUUCUGUGCGCCCAGUACCACUGUAAUAAAAUAUCUCAAGCACAUCAGAUCUCCAGAAACCCCUUUAGUCGGUUCCCAAUCCCCAUUAAAAUUGCAGCAGUGGUUCAUCUCUCUGGGGCUACGCUUGCUUUGAAAAACACUCGGCAGACAUCCUACGCCUCCGAUGCAAAGCACGCUCCACGCAGCUGCGGCUUAAGCAAUUCAGCCCUGAGUCAACGUGUCACAGCCAAUCUGCAGCUACAACUGAACAGCAGACACCCGAAGCAGAGAGGCCCAGCUUUCCAGCCCACAAACAACUUCUAUCAGCUCCCAGAUGCUGACACAAGGCACCGAGAGGCACCCAAGCCAAAAGCCUGGAUUCCAAACAUCCCUGAACUCUGGAGAAGUUCAAAUCAGAGCACACAUCUUCAGCGAGAAGGGGAAAGCUGUAAUGUGAUCCCGGUCCUGUGCAAUAGAGAAGGUAUGCAACUACUGCUCAGAAACCAGAAAGAAUCCUCUUGCAGCCACAAAGACUGCGAGAUAAAGAAAGCUGAUGAAGCUCUGGUGGAAAGAGACCUGUGAAGGACAAGAAGGCAAUCAAAAACAGCUGGUAUGGAUUUGUGAAGGACAAAUCGUAUUUGGCCAGCCUGACUACAUCCUAUGAUGAAGUAGCUGGCUACAUGGAGAAGGAGAGAGCAAGUGGAUAUAACAGAUGUUGACUUCAGUCCAGCUUUUGAAAUCAUUUCCCGCAGCAUUUUCACUUGCAAACUGAGGAAAUAUGGCAUGAGCAAGCUGGCUGUUAGAUGAAUUGAAAACCUCCUGUACUGCUGGGCUCAGUGGGUAGCAAUUGAUGGCUUGAUAACCUGUCUGAAGGCCUACAGCAAGUUGAAUACAUUAGGGGUUGAUACCAGGGCUCACAUGGUUUGGUAUCUUCAUCAAAAACCUGGACAGUGAGACAGGACAUACCCUCAGCCAGAUAAUGCUAAGGUAAGGGGAAUGAUUGACACACUAAACAGUAGAGCUUCAGUUCUGAGAGACUUUGAGAAAUUUAAGGACUGGGCUGCCAGAAGGCUUAACAGGUUCAAGGAGAAAUGUGCAACCCUGCACCUAAGGCAGAAUAAGCCUUUCUGUUGGUACCAGGAGCUGGGGGUCAGCUCUGCUGACAAGAACCUGGGGUUUGUGAAACCCAAGUCCAAUAUGAGC